UCUCUAAGUGAAUCAGAGUCCGACAGCUGCUGGGUCAUGUCGUACAGCACUCAGAAACUGGAAGACCCUGCUUCCUUCGGUUUUUCUGGGAACCUUCAGACAGACAGCUGAUACCAGACAAGAAGAGUGGUUCCUGCGACCGUGUGAGUUAUUUACCUCAGCCAAAGUGUCACUUACUAGACAAAGAUCCAGGCUGGAUACUGAGAGGUAUGUUUCCAGCAGCCUUCAAAUAUAGCUAAAAGAGGCCAUUCCGCCUAGUAAGCAAAAAUGGGUGACUGGAGCUUCCUAGGAGAAUUCCUUGAAGAAGUCCACAAGCACUCCACAGUGGUGGGGAAAGUCUGGCUGACGGUGCUCUUUAUCUUUCGGAUGCUUGUUCUGGGCACAGCAGCGGAGUCCUCAUGGGGAGAUGAACAGUCUGACUUCAUGUGCGAUACCCGGCAGCCUGGCUGUGAGAAUGUUUGCUAUGACAAAGCUUUCCCCAUCUCCCACAUCAGAUACUGGGUCCUUCAGAUUAUCUUUGUCUCCACUCCCUCCUUGUUGUACAUGGGCCACGCAAUGCACACAGUGCGCAUGGAAGAAAAAAGGAAAAUGAAGGAAGUCAAAGAAGGAGCAAAGCCAAACAGUGACUCUUUCCGCCAGCAUGAGUAUCCAGCAGUAGAAAAGUCUGAGCUGUCUUGUUGGGAGGAAGGAAGCGGGAGAAUCAUUCUUCGGGGCACUUUGUUGAACACCUAUGUCUGCAGUAUUUUAAUCCGUACCACCAUGGAGAUAGCUUUCAUUGUAGGACAAUACAUGCUGUAUGGAAUCUUCCUUGAGACACUAUACAUCUGUCACCGGCAGCCCUGCCCCCAUCCAGUUAACUGCUACGUCUCUCGUCCAACAGAGAAGAAUAUCUUUAUUAUCUUCAUGCUUGCCGUAGCUGCACUGUCCCUCUUCUUAAGCUUGGCUGAACUUUAUCACUUGGGAUGGAAAAAAGCCAAAGAGAAGAUCUCUGGUUCUUGCAAAAGCAAUCUUAGCCCAGUCAGUGGUAAACUGGAACUGGGAUCGCAAGAGAAGAUCACACAAAGUUGUACUCCUCCUCCAGAUUUUAAUCAGUGUCUUGCUAAUCCUAGUGGGAAAUAUAUCAGCCCCUUCAGUAAUAAAAUGGCCUCUCAACAGAACACAGCCAACUUUGCAACAGAGAGGGUUCACAACCAAGAGGAUGAAGUUGGAGAGAGUCAAUUUAUCCAGGUUAACUAUACACAAAAUCCUGAACCCAACAAUAGCUCUGCCCCUUGCUUGCUCCCUAAUGGCUACUUCCAUGACAACCGCAGGCCCAGCAAGUCCAGCCGUUCCAGUAGUAGUAAGGUGAGAUCUGAUGACCUAUCAGUGUGAACUACCUUCAGCAGGAACAAGAGGAACAAGUACACCAGACACCUGCAGUUUUGCUUUUGAAGUACUGCAAGUCUGAGCUUGAGUUCAAUCCAGUCCAACUCAGUAAAUGGUUAGAUAUAUUCCAAAAAGCUAAUUUCAAAGUUGAUUUCAUGCAUUGAAUAAAUCAUUUUUAGAAAGGUGACUUUUCCAAGAAAUAAUUAGAAGAAAUAUAGCAUUCUCAUCAAGAGCUUGAGGCGGUAUCUACUCAAAGCAUAUUUAGCCUUACAAAUGUAAACCAGUAUAACCAUUAUGACUUCCUUAAAAACCCUGGGAACUGUAGUUGAGAACAGCAGGGAAAUCAUUGUUGGAGGUCACAAGUCCUUCCACAGAACUACAGUUCCAAGAAUUUCUUAAUAAAGAACCAUGAUUCAUAACAUGUUUGAAUGUAAUUUAAAGGUGUGAAGUGGACAUAUCCUCAGAUUGUAACCAUUUACAAAAUUAACAGGGAGGUGCGAUUGGCACAUAUUAUGAUGACACUCUCAAUUUCUGUCUUCUUGGAUAAAGAUGAGUAAUUGACCUUAAGGACAUCUACUUUAAAGAUGAAGUUGAUUCUUAACACCAAUAGGUUAUGUCUGGGAAUAAUUUUAAGAGAUUUGUAAGCACGCAAAGUGAGUUUUUCUCCUCUUGGCAAAGUGAAAUAUCAGGUUAUCUGAUAUAAAUACCUUUACUUUUCCUCUUUUCUCUGCUGGGCUCCACAAACUAUACCAGCUUGACAUACUUAUGCAAAGUAAAUGUGCAAUGAAUUUUACUUGAAUUUUUUAUAUUCAUAUGUCUGUAUGUAAUCACUUUAGACUUUGACUAAUCAAUAAGAACUGUUUGCCAGCCUCACAGGACAAGACAAACAUUGGCUCAGUAUGGCAGCAACUAAUUUCAACAGAACUCUGCAUUUGAUGAAAGCAAUAUUUCCCAUGGAAACUAAUACAAUCUCAGGAAAAAUAUGGAAAAACCCUAAGGGGUGGAAAAUGGAUUUGUUUUUGUGAUUUUAUCUAAUAGUCUUUAUUCCAUUCUUCAUUCUAAAAUUUAAAGAACCUGGCAGGGAUACAUCCAGGUUCAAGCAAUAAUGAAAGUAAGAUACAAUUUCAGGUUCGGAGGACAUUUCCAACCUCAGCUCCAGGAAGUUCUAAACCAUUUAUGUGAGGCAGAUUCAAAGCAGGAAUCAACAUCCAGGGAAACAAUCAGUACAGCAGAGCAGCAGUGCUGACAAGUCCCCUACUCUAGUAAUGAGAACAGCAGUAUCAGAAAAAGUUGGGAUGGUUAAGGAAGCAGUCAGGAGAGUCUUUAGGCAACUGAAAGCAGUGUUAUCCAAGGAGAGCUUGGUCUCACCUAGACAAUUUAUAUAGAGUUUCCAGUACAGGCUGAAGUUUGUCAGAGCUUCAAGAAACUGAUUUGCCAUAUGGCUUGAAUGAUAAGCUUCUAUGACUUCUGGAAUGGAAACUUCUGCUUCUGACCUUGAGGUACCUGAAUCCAUGUCCCUUGGGUGCCGGUGCCUAGGAAAAGGUACCAAUUUGAUCAACGGAGAAGCCAAAGCUUUUGGGUAUCCACAGAAGACUUAAAGCAUAAUUCAGCCUUGCUAUUUUACCUCAACUUGCUCCUUUAAAAUUAUUGUGAUAGAGGCCAUGUUUGACUGAUAUUUAUCACUAAAGAACAAGCAAAGCACCCUUCAGCUUGUUCAAUCAAAGUGGAUAAUGAGCAGCUGUCCAGUGCCAUUUAAAAGGACUUGUAAACUGUUCAGAUGCACACAGGCAUGGGUUGUGGAUCAGUCUGCUUAUUACAGAACUGAAUUUACAUUGUCAUCUUGUUUUCAAAAGGUCUAGUAACCAGAUAGUAGGGUGUCCUAUCUAACUUUAAUGUGUUUUAUAUGAUGUUACACAUGGUGCUCAAAUUACGAGGGAGGAAGUAAACAGUGCCCUCACUCCUUGAAAGGGCUUUCUUGCAAGUGGACACCCCUCCCCUUUUCUCGGCUCAGGAAAGUAAGAGCAAUGACAGCCCCAAUGUACUUGAGGAAAAGGCAUGUGAUAAGAAACAGAGAAAAACUGUUUAGAGAGUCCUAUCAUCAAAGUCCUCAAUUUCCCCACAAACCAAAGCACUAUUUUGUGAUGUUCAGUUUGAGGGAAGAUGGGAAUUUGCAUGUUCUCUGCUUAAGAAGUUGCAGAUAAUCUACUGUGCUUUGUUUUGUCCUAAUAAAGUUUGGAGUAGAAUCCUU